UUUUGACAUUGUGAAGGGGGAGGUACGAAAACAAACAGUUACACAACGUGUUGGAAAAUAUCGAUUACUGAUUCUCGCCUUACAGUCACAAUACUGUAUUAUUGUGACUUUAAGCGGAAUCAUGUAUCGGCGACCGCUGCAGUCCGCCGUUAGACAUAUAUUAAACGCGUCAGCAUCGAGAGCUUUCCUCGGAAAGGCCAUUGAACAAGAUGCGUGUCAGGUCAGGGCUUCAGUGGCUUACCGGAUGACAGCAGACGUCCCCAAUCUCUCACAAUGCCGAGCUCUUCACAGCACAAUAGGGCUUUGUACGGUUAAAGAGACCCCACAGGCCACAGAAGAAGAGGUGGGGGCCUUCACUAAACUGAUCGAGGCCAUAGGCUUCACCGGACCACUCAAAUACAACAAAUGGAAAAUUAAGAUAGCUGCUUUGCGCAUGUACACAUGCUGCGUUGAAAGAAUCAACUAUGACGAAUUCUUUGAAAAAUGCUCUCUCCCGGACACACUCAACUCCUGGUUUUUGGUGGCACAGCUCCACGUUUGGAUGUGUCUUGUCCGGAUGCGACAGGAAGGCAGAGCUGGGAAGUACAUGUGCCGUUACAUCGUCCACUCCAUGUGGGAAGACGUGGAGCAGAGGAGCAAGAUUAUGGGGAUUGAUGCCAUUCAAAGGAAAGAGAGUAUGAAGGUGAUGACAGAAACGUUCUAUGCUGCUAUUUUUGGAUAUGAUGAGGGAAUUCUGUCAGAUGAUUGCGUUCUUGCAGCAGCUCUCUGGAGGAACCUGUUCAACAGACAGUGUGAAGAUCCGAGACAGCUUGAGCUCAUGGUCGAAUACGUCCGCAAACAGAUGCAGUUCAUUGAUGCUCUGGAUGGAGAGGACCUUCUUUUAACAGGAGAAGUGAAAUGGCGCCCCCUGGUGGAGGAAAAUGCAAAGAGCAUCCUGAAAGUUGCCACGCCAACCUACAAUGAUACUGGCCUCUAAGAGUCUACACCUAAUGAAACGACAUUAUAUAGAGAUGCCAAUCAGAACACGAUCAGCCAAUGAGGAAGCAGCACGCACCUGAUUAGCCACACCCUCUUCCCCUCUCUCUCUUUCUCAGCCUGACUUUCCCUGACUUUCUCCAGUGGUUAGUCAGUUUUACACAUCAACACAGUGUUGGGAAUUAAAACACAGGUGCACACACACAAACGCACACAUGCAUUUGUUCUCAUGUAUUGAGAGUAUUAAGGACUCAUCAAAAGGGUUUUGCACUGUCUUUUUCUCAAUAUAUAGAAUAUUCUUGUAUUUAUAUAUAUCUCUGUCCUUACUGCUGCAAUGCCAAUGUUUGUAGGAGAAAUACCCUGGCUUUUUCACUUUACCUCAACGUUUUCAGUGCGGGCAGUUUUUUUAAGUUGUACUCUCAAUGUGUUAGAGGAAAAUCAGUGUGUGUGAAUGCGAGUGUUUUUUGUCAGAGUUUGUCAACCAAUAAAAGCAC